CUGACUUCCACCUUUGGUCGAUACCGCAAUGGCGACGAGGAUGUCGUGAACGUAUCCCCAGCUCGCUGCGCCGUCCGUAUCCGCCCACCAUGAGCUUCACCGGGCUUGCUCCGCCACCGUUUUUCCUUCCUACGCCCGGCCAUCCCUCAUUGCCAUGGGAGCAGUGGGAGCAGAUGUUCAGCGUGUACUUGCUGGCAUCCGGAGCCACCGCAUUCAAGCCGGAGCAACGCAAGGCUAUUCUUUUGCAUUGUUUGGGGGUGGAGGGCCAGCGCAUUUAUCAGACGCUACAUGCAGGCACCAGUGCCGUAGAACCGGCAGCGCCAAGUGCCGCAGCACUCGCCGAUGACAAGUCUGGUGUUGCCCCUCUUGACGAAUACGACUCUACACUCGCCGCAUUACGGCACCCGUUUUCUACGUCGCGCAACGUUAUCAUCGAGCGCCAUCGCUUUCACCGCCGCAGCCAACACACAGGCGAGUCGGUUCAUGACUUUGUUGCCGCUCUACGGGAGCUAGCGUCACAUUGUUCGUUUGCCUCGCAAGAUGAUGCUCUGCGGGACCAAUUCGUUGUCGGCGUAGCUUCGACUCGCGUACGUGAGCGGUUACGGCUCGAGGGUUCCACACUUUCAUUCGAGAAUUCUGUUCGAAUUGCACUUCAGUUUGAGCAGGCGGCUGAAGAGCUAAAGGAGCUUUCUGCUUCGGUCGAAGCAAUUUCAUUGCGGCAGCGUCGAAAACCAUCGUCACAUACUUCGAAAAAAAAAGGAAUUCACAACCGGCAGCAAACCUUAGAGCAGAAUUCAACGAGGAGCGCGGGCGGCUCACGUGCGCCGCAGCGGAACCACCCCCCUGAGCGGAACCGAGAACAGGCGGCAUUUCAGAAGAUGAUGGCGAAAAUCCUUGACCGCUGCCCUGGCGUGCUGUUCUACAUUGAUGAUGUCAUCUUUUUUGGCAAGACCGCAGAACACGUUUCAGACUUGAAGACCGUGCUGCAAAAGAUCAAAAACGCAGCACCUACCUCGGAGGCAGAGAUUGCGAAGGAGGAAGAAAUUGUCUCGUUCAUUGAGCCAGCCUGGGUGACAAAGGAGGAGUUCAGGCAGGCCGCUUUCGACGACAGUUGCCUGGAAACCGUCAAGUCAUCCGUGCUGAGUUCCUGGCCGCCAAAGGAGUCCAUACCAGAAGAGGCGAAACCAUUCUACGCCAUUCGGGAAGAACUUUCUGUUGUCGAUGACCUGCUUCUGCGUGGAGAGCGACUCGUUGUUCCGUCCUCCCUCACGGCUCAGAUCAUCGGCACCGCGCACGAGACACAUCCGGGUAUCACGCGCACGAAGGCGUGA